UAUACCCGCGAGAACAGUACCAAACGGACACGUUUACUCAUGCUCCUCGUAUAAAUUCAAUAACAGUGCAAAAAAUAAAGUUUGUGAAGUGAAAUUUAGACGUAAAUAUCGGUCAGAACCUACUGGACCAAAGAAUUGUAUUAGUGUUAUCUUUUAUCGUGGAAUAAUUGGUGUAUUUUGGCAAUAUUUAUUGCAAACAUUGUGUUUACGUAGUGUGCGGUGUUAGAGCUAUUCUUGACAAACAAAGGAAAGGUCAAAGUACGAUAGUUAUAACUAAGAAUACUCGAAACACUUCCAAAAAUUUAUGCUUCCUGCUAGCGGCUUAGUAGCGCAGUGGUAUAAGCGACCACUUUCUGUUUAAACGUGAAGCGCAUUCAAGAAUCGGAAGAUCGAAUCCAGACAAACACCCAACACUUUUUGUGAAUAAUUUCUGACAAGUUUAUUAUUUCAAAUAUGAACUCACCUUGCAGCGGUUGUAAAAAAGCAAUCAAACCUUCAGAAAGAAUUACUUGCACUCAAUCUUCGUGCGGCAAAAGAUAUCAUUACCUGUGUGUUAAUUUGAAUGUUGAUAACUUCAAAAAGCAAAAAAAUUGGAAAUGUCCUGACUGCUCCAUUAAACACUUGUCAAUAAUACGUAAGGAAGGAAAUAGUGAUGAUACUCCUAUUAAAUUGGCGACCAGCAGCGAAUUUUUAGACGACUCUCAAAAUAUUACUAUAAGGCGUCAAAAAGAGAGCGAACCCACUACUGAACACCAAGACUGUGUAUCUCGUGCUGAACUAGCAGAAAUUAUUCGUAGGGAAUUGCGUUCAGUGAUUCGAGAUACAUUAAAUGAGGAGUUCGCUAAUAUCAAAAAAGAAAUUCAUGGAUUUGAAGAAACGAUUAAAUUUAUUAAUUCACAAUAUGACGCUAUAAGUACCAAAGUUAAAGUCCUAUCUGAUGAUACCAAGAUCUUUUCUACAACUAAUGUAAUGUUAACUGGCAAGGUCAGGGAUUUAGAGGAAAGGAUAUCACAAAUGGAACAGUCUGCCCGUCAGUCAAAUGUCGAAAUCCACUGCUUACCUGAGCACAGACAAGAAAACCUGGUUAACACAAUUGUUAAUAUCGGAAAAGUUAUUUCAUUUCCCAUUUUGGAAACUGAUAUUUUAUCCUGCAACCGAGUGCAAAAGCUUAAUGCCUCAUCCAAGCUGCCAAGGACUGUUGUAUGUAAAUUAACAAGUAAAAUAAAGCGAGACAACUUCUUAGGCGCUGUACUUACAUAUAAUAAAAUGAACCCAAAAAAUAAAUUAAACACGAAAAUCCUGGGUUAUGGAGACAUUGAAUCACCAGUAUUCAUUAACGAACAUCUGACUCCAUCCAACAAGGCGUUACACGCAGCUACCAGAUUGAGAGCAAAAGAGAAAGAAUACAAAUUUGUUUGGGUGCGUAAUGGGAAAAUUUUUGUGCGCAAAAAUGAGACAUCACCAGCACGGGUAAUAACAAGAUUGGAAGCACUGGAAAAUCUCAGUUAAUUUUUAUUUAUUUUUCUAAAUUUAUUAUCUAAUGCUGUAUUAAAUUUAAAUUUAAAUCAUUCACACACUCUGAUUUAAACAUUUACUAUCAGAAUGUUAGAGGUGUUAGGACUAAGCUGCAAAGUAUAUAUAAAAAUGUACUGUCAAGAAAUUUUCAUAUAAUAAUUUUCACUGAAACAUGGCUCAACGAUUCUGUGGCUAGCACGGAACUAUUUGACAGUAGGUAUCAGGUAUUCAGGAGAGAUCGACAGGCCAAUACCUUCUAUACUGGAAAGGAAGGUGGUGGCGUUUUAAUAGCAGUAAAGAGAAAUAUAAAGGCUAGAAGGAAUACAUUCUUAGAAAGUUCUUGUGAAGAUUUAUGGGUUACUUUAGACAUAACGCCAAAUUACUCUCUUCAUAUCUGUGCUGUUUAUUUACCCCCACCAGUCUCAAGUGAUGAUCUAAACCACUUCAUCAGCACUAAAAGUAUAUUUGUACAAAAACUUGAUCAUAUCCUUCUAGUGGGUGAUUUUAAUUUGGGUCAUAUUGAUUGGACCUCAGAUCAUAGCAAUCCAAUAAUUAAAUCUAACACAAAAAUAAAUCAGAUAUUUAUAGAUUUUACUUCAUGUAACGGUUUUAAACAGUAUAAUCGGGUACAAAAUAAUGACUCUAAAAUACUUGAUUUGGUUUUAUCUAACGUUCAAUAUCCUAUCUCGGUCAGUAAAGCUGUAGAUACUUUAUCGAAGAUUGAUAACUUUCACCCGCCGUUAGAAAUUGACAUAUAUUAUAAAAAAAUAGAUAAACUUCGAUACAAUAAUUUCAAUGUGUAUACGUUUUAUAAAGCAGAUUAUGAAGGUAUAAAUAGGUCUCUAUAUGAAUGCUUAGAAAAAUUCUAUACCAUAAUUCGAAAAAAUAUCGAGAAAUAUGUACCCCUAAAACCAUCUGUUAAAAAUAAAUAUCCUGUAUGGUACUCACAGAGACUUAUAAAACUUUUAAAGGAAAAGGAAAUUAGCCGCAAAAAAAUGAAAAAAUAUCAAAACAAUCGUGACGUAUAUGAAUAUGAGUUGUUAAAAAAAAGAGCAAACACGCUAAUUAAUAAAAGUUACAGC